AUGUCGAUGUCGACUUUGAGACGCUUUUUCUGGCUGGGCGCAUUGCUUUCGGCCACUCUUCAAGUUUCCGCACUUCCAACAGCCCAGGACCAAUCAUGCAAUGGCCAUCCAGAGUACUGUGAUCGUCGAUACUCCGAACUGUCAUUCGUGGGUGCUCACAAUUCUCCGUUCGUUGGCCCGUUGCUCCAACACAACCAAGACAUCUCCGUGAGCCAGCAACUAGACUUUGGUAUCCGCUUUCUCCAGGGACAGACACACAAGAACGAUGAUGGUGUCUUCAGCAUGUGCCAUACAUCAUGUCUCCUCGAGGAUGCUGGAAGUGUGAGCUCAUACCUGCAGACGGUCAAGGCCUGGCUAGACGGCCAUCCGGAUGAAGUGGUCACACUCUUGAUCACAAACGGCGAUGGAUUGGAUAUCAAAGAGUUCGAUGACGCUUUCAAUGCUGUUGGCGGAAUAAAGGAUUACACCUUUGCGCCCAAGUCCAAACUUGCCCUCGGUGAUUGGCCAACGUUACGCGAAUUGAUCAAGACUGGAAAGCGACUGAUAGUUUUCGUUGAUUCCAAGGCCGACACCAACAGAUUUCCGUACCUUCUCGACGAAUUUUCAUACUACUUCGAGACACCUUUCAGCACCACGGACGAGAACUUUCCUCAAUGUACACUUGACCGUCCAGCCGGUGGCACGCCUGAGGGACGGAUGUACCUAGUUAACCAUACCCUCAACGUUAAUAUUCUAGGAAUAUUCCUCCCUGAUAGGUUCAAAGCCGAUAGGACCAAUGCUGCAGUAGGCCAAGGCAGUAUCGGCGCCCAGGUUGACCUAUGCAACUCGAUUUACCAUCGCAAGCCUAACGUGGUUCUCCUUGACUUUAUCACUGAGGGAGACGUCCUGAAAGCGGAGAGAACGAUGAACGGACUUUGA